CAGGAAUUAAGAGUAAAGAGCCCUUUCUCAUGGUAUUUAUUGCUUUUGAGCUAUUUUUUGCAGCAUGUUGCACAUAAUAGACAUGAAGCCGACUAAUACCUUGAUGAGACUGUCCCGAGCAGAAUAUAAAGAGAUAGUGCGAUGGACUGAAAAACUGAGACCUACACGCCAAUGCAUGAAGAUACUGAAGGACAGGUUUCCAAGUCACUCGCAGUCCACUCUUCUGAGCAUCUUCUCCCUGGAGUACCAGAAACGGAUCAAAAAGACAAUCUCAAGACACCAUGUGCCGGAUGUUAUUGAAAGCUACUACCAAAGGUAUCUGAGUGAAGCCAAGGCACAGCCUACUGCUCCUGUCCUGCUUGAAUUGGCCAAUGAGGUGGAUCUGUCUCCUGCGCUGAUGGCUCGUAUCAUCCUGGACAGGUUCCUUCAGGGCCAGGAUGGUGGAAUGCCAUCUAAAUCAGUCCUCAACAGCAUGCUGAAGGAGCCAUCUUUAAUUCCAGACCAAAUUUUGGCCAGUAAUGUCUACCAAUGCACAAUAAAUGACUGCUGUUAUGGACCGCUGGUAGACUGCAUCAAACACGCCAUAGGCCAUGAGCAUGAAGUGCUGCUCCGGGAAAAACUGAAGGAGAAGAACCUUUCCUUUCUGGAUGAAAACCAUCUGAGAACUAUGGGCUACGACAAAACACCUGAUAUCAUCCUGGAGGUUCCAGUUGCUGUGGAAGGGCACAUUGUACACUGGAUUGAGAGCAAAGCCUCUUUCGGAGAUGAUCAAAGCCAUCAAACCUACCUCAAUGAACAAUUCUGGAGCUACUGGAACAGGUUUGGUCCAGGCCUUGUGAUCUACUGGUAUGGCUUUAUUGGAGAGCUGGAUUGCCAGAGAGACAGAGGUAUCCUACUCAAAGACUGCUUCCCUACAGACAUUGUCACCCUGUGCCAUGCCACGCAACAAGACCGAUCACCUGAGAGCCAGAAUAAAGACAAAGAAUGAGAAUAGAUCAGAAGCAUAAUAAAACCAAAGUACAGAUGAGAGAAUGAAUGGGAGGAAAGAGGGAUGACAACAAGGAGGUGGGAAGGGUACGAACACUGAACUAUGCAGGGGUGGAUACCUAGAUCCGGAAGCAAUUUGGCUUUCCUGCAGUGUGAGACUACUGGCAAAAAAUCUGCCCUGAACUUCACCUGACCCUCAUUCUCUCUCUCUCUCUCUCGCUCUCUUUCUCCCUUUCUUCCUCUCAUUCACUGUUCCAAAGCGGCCGCAUGUAAAUGCACACCAGCAUUCUCUAUAUAUCUGACGUCACUCAUAGUCAUACCUGUAAAUGAAAAACAUGAUCUGGGAGGCUUUUCUGGUCGUGGUCAACACCUGGCCCUUGGAUGGCCUCUUGCACUGGAGGCUACGGUGCAAGCCAGGGCCGAAGCAGGACAUAAGGCCCUUCCUUAUCACGCUCAGGCCCUGGCCUUUGUCACUCCUUCCUCCUCCGUUCCAUAGGCAGAUAAGAGAGGUGCGGUCUAGGGGCUGGGUGACGCCUGUCUCUCACCUGCGUCACUCAGUGCCCUCUCAGUCACUCUCCAGCGGGAUAAACAGGAUAGUUUCUGAUUAAGGCUGGCCCCUCAGUGACCCUUUUCACAUUAUAAAAUUGUUUUUUUUUGUUAGCACAUAUGCUUGACAGAACUGUUCAUGCUGCUGUCAGUGUUUAUUUCUUAACCGUGCAACUACAAUUCAAAUUCGAAAGUUCCACUAACCUAAUUAAGCGCAAAUUUUGAUACAAUUACAAAAAAGGAAUUUUUUUUUUUUUUUCACAUUUGUUGGCUUCAUGUUUACUGUAGAGUUAAAGUUAUUGAUAGAAUUUCCAAUAGCAGUGAUCAAAAUUGAAUAAUUUUCUAUUUUUUUACGUUGAAUAUAUUAAUAGUUUUUCACUGCAUAAUGUCAUAAAAUAAUGAGCAUAGUCAUGACAGUUUGCCUAAAGCAAAGCCAUAUUGAAAUUGGGAGUAAUGUGGUAGCCUAACAGUAUUCACUUUAAAAGGAUAAAAAAUAAGUGAACCUACGUUUGCUUGACCAGUGUGUUUACUUAGUAAAAUAUCAAAACCAGGAGCUUUUUUACUUGUUUCACAGUAAUAAAAAAUAAAUAAAAAGAAAAGACUAUUAGAAUCAGCAUUUGUUACAUUCUGUCCCACAUUUAACCUGUAACAAUUUAAAGUAAAUCUACUGUACUUGCAUGUUUUAU